AUGUCAAACGAUAGUCUCAUUACCGUUGCCUACCAGGAUCGCGUGGCGAUCGUGACACUCAACCGGCCCGACAAGCUGAACGCUCUCAAUGCCGACCUAUACUACCUUCUAGGCGAGCGUUUACGCGAGAUUGACUCUCGAGAGGAUAUCUUUAUUACAGUCCUGACCGGAAAAGGUCGUUUCUUCUCUGCCGGAGCCGACGUCACAAGUAUACGUCCAGGCACCGACGAUAGCAACUCAAACGCGCGCCGCGAGCUAGUCAAGGGCUUCGUCGCAAACAACGUCGACGUCACUCGCACCUUCUACAACCACUCUAAGAUUCUCGUCGUCGCCUUGAACGGCCCUGCUGUCGGUCUCUCAGCCGCACUGGUCGCCCACGCAGACUUCAUCUACGCUGCCCCACACACAUUCAUCCUGACACCCUUCUCCUCGCUCGGUCUCGUCGCCGAAGGCGGUGCUAGCCGCGCCUUCGUUGAGCGCCUGGGCAUCGCCAAGGCGAAUGAGGCGCUCCUAAUGAGCAAGCGGAUUACCUGUGACGAGCUGGUUUCGGCUGGCUUUGUCAAUAAGGUUAUUGCGCCGGAGUCUGGGGAGAAGGAUGACUCUGAUGGGUUCUUGAAGAAGGUGCUUGAGGAGGUUGAUGAUCGUCUUGGUACGCACUUGAACCAGACUAGUCUGUUAAAGAUUAAGGAGCUGGUAAGGCGGCCUGAGAGGGAGCUUUUGGAUCGCCAGAAUGGUCUUGAGGCGUUUAUGGGCCUUGAGCGCUUUAUGAAGGGAUUCCCGCAGGAAGAGUUCCGGAGGUUGGCGUCUGGUGAGAAGAGGCAUAAGCUUUAG